AUGCCCAAGAUGGAUCCUAUCAAACAACGCACCAGCCUUCACAAUCCCGUGCAAUCCCAGCAAAACCAAAACCUACUCGACUACUGCUCUCAUCAUGACAUCCACUUCAAAUUCGUCUCGGCCUUUGCACCCUGGCAGGGCGGAGUGUACGAGCGCAUGAUCAAAACUUUCGAAAGCGCAUUCAAGGCAGCCAUAAGGAAUCGAAAACUCGGAUUGGACGGAUUCGCCACACUUGCAAAGGAAUGCGAAGCUAUCUUCAACAGUCGACCCAUCACAUACGUUUACCAUGAUCUCGACUCUGGAUAUCCUUUGCGACCUACAGAUUUCCUGCGUCCCUUUGCGCUUUUGGGAUCUCCACGACUACAAGACGAGAACGAGACCGACGAAGAAUGGUCUGUUGGACAUAUAACCGAUAGCUUACACAAAAGAUGGACGUUCAUGCUAACUUUGCCGAACUCAUUCUGGAAGAGAUGGCAAUAG